GAUUUGUUUUUCUUCAAACUGACAAUGAGAGGCAAGAUUCUUUCAGGUGGUGCAAGUGAUUUUGAAAAAGUUACUGAUAAUUUGGGAGUAUAUUUUUUUGAACAAGCUGAUAAAUUUCGUGACAAUGUUAUACAGAUUCAUGGCGAUACAGGAGAACGAGAAACAUUCGCGAGCGUCAAACAGAGAUCUAUCAGGUUCGCACUCAGUCUCAGGGAUCUCGGAGUCAAACCCGAUGAUAUAGUUUUGACAUGCCUCAAAAUGGGCAUGGACACCAUGAUCCCGGUAAUAUCCACCAUGUUCUUGGGAGCCAGAUUCUCUGCGAUUGAUCCAGUCCAGACCGAAAGAGACUGGACACACUGUAUAGGCACAGUCAAGCCGAAAAUCAUAGUAGUCGAUGAAGAGCAAGUUGCGAGACUAGAAAAAUGCUUGGAAACCAGAAACUUCGAACCAGAAAUCAUCGUUCUCGGGAAGUCGAAGGUGUAUAAGACUUUUCAUGAUUUGGUGAAGCCAUUUCCUGAAGAAGAGAAGGUUUUCAAGCCGCAACGUGUGGAUUGUCACCAAACUGCUUCUAUUUUGUUCAGUAGUGGAACAACGGGGUUACCAAAACCAAUGAAGUUAUCACAUUUUGGUAUUAUCAAUGCAGAAAUCAGUUUUUGGAAAACUGGUACUAUGGAUCCCAGGGUGGAAUUAUUAUUUUCAACAUUUUAUUGGGUGACAAGUAUGAUGGCGUUACUGAGAGCAAUGAUUGCAGGAGGCUGUAGAGUUCUUGUCCCGAAAUUUGACCCAGAAAAUGCUCUGCGAAUCAUCCAAGAACAUAAGGUGACAAACUGUUUUGUUGCUCCAAGUGUGACAAGACAAAUCCUUGCUGUGAAGAAUAAGGGGGACUAUGAUACUUCCUCCGUACGUUCUUAUGUAUCUGGUGGUACAACGAUGCCUCCAGGGCAAUUCGAAGAGACGAGAAGGCUAUUCAAAAAUGCUCAUGUGUACAAUGCCUACGGGUGUACGGAGAUGAGUGGUUUUGCAAUAUGCUUCGAUUACAAGAGAGACCUGAGUCAUUUCAAUAACCUCAAAUCAGUAGGAAAAUGUGUUCCAGAUAUCCAACUGAAAGUCAUUGAUGAACAAACAGGAGAAAUAUUGGGUCCCAACGAACACGGUGAGGUCUGCUUGAAAUCCAUUUAUGCUAUGAUUGGUUACCUCAACAAUGAUAAUUCAUCUAAAGUCGACAAAGAUGGUUUUAUAAAAAUGGGAGACCGAGGAUAUUAUGAUGAAGAUGAAUGCAUCUACAUCGUGGGAAGAAGUAAUGAAAAUUUCAAGCAUGGAGUCGUGAAGGUCGCUCCAGACUACUGGGAAUCAGUAUUAGAAGAACAUCCAGCAGUUGAAGAAGCUGGAGUUCUAGGGAUACCGCACAUCAGCGAUGGCUUUCUUCCAGCAGCUUGCAUAGUUUUGAAGAAAGGUGCUUCUGCAACAGCAGCAGAAAUUGAAGAAUUCUUCAUUCAGCGAAUGACAGAGCGACAUAGGCUAUUGGGCGGAAUAAAGUUCGUCCCGGAGUUACCGAAAACGCCUUCAUCGAAAAUACAGAGAAGAUAUCUACUAGAGUUAUUUUCGAAUAGUAAUUGAUGCUAAUUAAUAUCGAUAGGUGUUUAGUCUGAAAUUUCGUUAUCCAAUAUUAUGUCUGAUACCCAAUUGAAAAAAUAUAUAUUUAUAAUGGUUUGUUACUUUUUACCAUUCAUACU